AUGAGUAGUUCAGGAAUAACAAAAUGUCUUCCACAAAGCAAAGUGGAUGGGUACUUCAAUACGUGGCACAUAUUUUGGGUAGGCAUUCCGGCGACUGUCACAGAACACUUUGUCAGUGCAGAGCUUUCCUCGUUCUGGAGACGGCACUUGAUUUGGUCCAAACCUGCUGGAAAACUGCUACGAGAGGCUUUGACUCAACGCUUUGCGUCCACCACUGUGUUCCUGUCGCUGAUUCUUGGUACCGAAAUCCGAGUCUUAUUCAGCCCCAGUACACCAGCUGACAAUGUCCGUAAUGCUCUCAAGAACGAAGAAAGUCAUACCCUGGAGUACUGGACGGGAAUUGGACUGUGUUUGUCGAUCUUCUUUUCCAUUGCUGCGUUGGUGGCCAAUUUCACUGCCUGGGGCAUAUACACUGUCAUUGGUAACGAAAACCUCAAAUUGAUUGCCAGAUCGUCCAUUGGACUUUACGGAGCACAAUUGCCCAAUAUUCUGGUGGUUGGAGUGAUUUACUUGUUUUACACAUGGGUUGCCUUGUUUUGGUGGAUCAUCAUGCCCAUUGGACCUGCUGUCAUUCUUAGCGUAGGUGGUAUCCUUUUGAUUGUCCAUAUUGUGUCCACAUACUCAGCACUUGCUAGAAUAAUUAUGGAUACUGGCGCAAUGAGCUCGAAACGAGUACUGGAUCAGGAACUAGAGGAUGAUAUGACUCCUCAAGAAUUGGCAGAAGAACUUUUGAAACGAACUAGAGAAGCAAGGGUAAAUUCCGUUCCUGUCAAUCUCAAGUACCGAGAAAUCAAUAAGCAGUAUAUUGCAAAUGCAAUCAGCCGAUCCAAACGCACCAACGAAAGCGAGGAAUUCGGAGUGGGAGGUGGACUCUCCAUUGACGAAAUCGCGGAUGUGGAUCUUGCAGAUUAG